AUGGCCCUCGCACCCUCAUUGCUUUCCAAGCCCGAGGGCCACCUGGCGCGGCCGCCGCAGCAGCGCGUGGCGCCCGCGCCGCCCCGCUGCGUCCUGUCGAAGCAGGUGAUCACGCGCACCAGCGGCCGCGCCCUAGGGUCACUCAGCGGCUGCUGGAUCGACCCGGGGCGGCGCGAGGUCGUGUCAUUUGACCUGGACGACAGGAAGGGGGGCGGCGGCGGCGGCGCGUCCCUGCCGCUCGUGGGCGGCGCGCAGCGCGUGGGCAACCUGCCGCUGGGGGCGCUGCGCCAGAUCGGGGACGUGGUGUUGGUGCACGACGAGCAGGGCCUGUACGAGCAGGACCUGGACGGCCGCCUGGGGUUUGUGAAUCCCAUAGGGCUCGAGGUCCGCACGGCGGCGGGCGACUUUCUGGGGAAGGUGCGGGACCUGUCUUUCAGUCCCGACAACGGCGCCAUAGGGCGAAUCGCGUACGACGAGUUCGGCCUGCCCAGCCUUCCGUCUGCGUUUUUUGACUGCUUCUCUGUCGGGGCGGACGACAUCCUCAGCAUAGGGCGCUCGGAGGUCAUCGUGUACGAUGACGCCCGCUACCGCGAACGCAAGGAGUCCAACGGCCUCUUCGCAGCCAUCCCGUCGCUCCUCAAGUCCCUAGGCUCCGGCGCCCGCGGCGGCGCCGGCGGCGCCGGCCAGCUGGCACUGCCCGCAGCGGGCAUGUCUGAUGCGUACCGCGACGGCGGCGCUGCGGCCGCGGGCGGCGGGGGCGGCGCGAGGGGGUACCUUCCGAGCAACUACUCGUACGAGCAGUGGCAGCAGGACCUGCGGCGCUGGGAGGCGGAGACUGGGAUGACAUACGAGCAAUACCUGCGAGCCCAAGGCGGCGCCGCCGCGGGGGGCCAGCCGGCCGCGGGCGCGCGAGCCGCGCUGCCCCCGGCGCGAGGCGCGGGCGCGGCGCAGGGCGCCGGCGCGGGCGGGUACUACCCGCGGCCGGCGCCGCGGUUCUCGCCUCAGCAGCAGCAGCAGCAGCAGCGAGGCUACGCGCAGGCGCCGACGGCGGGCGCGCCAGGCGCGUACGGGCAGCAGGUGCGGCAGCAGGCCGCCCCGGCGGCAGGGGCGUACGGUGGCGGUCAGGCGUGGCAGGGGGACCCCCGGCAGCGGCCGGGGGCGGCGCAGUUUGGGGGAGCGCCUCAGCAGCCGCCGGCGCAGCAGCGGCCUGCCGCAGCGCAGCCUGGGUACGGCUACGCGCCCCAGCAGCAGCCACGGCAGCAACAGCAGCAGCAACAGCAACAGCAGCAGCAGCAACAGCCUCGCCAGCCGGCGCCCGGCGCAUGGCUGCAGCAGGCGCCAUCGCAGCAGUCGCCGCCGCAGCAACAGCAGCAGUGGCAGGGCGCCGCGGCUGCCCCGCGCAACCCCUCUGCCGCGCCCGGGCCCGCGACCGGGCCCGCGGCCGGCCGGCCGGCGGGCCAGGGCACGGAUGCGGCCGCGGCGGGGCAGCGGCUGGCGGGCGGGGAGGCGCCGGGCAGCGCUGGCGGCAGCGGCAGCAGGCUUGUGGAGGAGUGGAUAGACAAGGACGUGCGGCCGCGGGUGCAGGAGGUGCUUUCGGAGGGCGGGCUGCCCCUCGGCGGCAGCGGCGAGGGGGCCCCUGAUGCAGCAGGGCCGCGGUAA